AUAAUGCAUAUGAAGUAGAUGGAUGCGGAACAACCGGAACGACACAUCACUAUAAAAAAUGUUUCACAAUCAAAAUCAAUAUUUGCCGCGCUCGCUGCCUUCUUCAAUUGUAGAGGAUGAUUGUUUUGUCAACGUCAAUAAUAGCAAACACAUCGAAUGUAUAAUACCAACGGCGGAGAUAAUGGUCACAUUUCGUGGCAAUACCCAAUUCCAAAGGCAAUGUUAUGUUUAUGCGGAAAAAAUUGAUUUGAAGGAACUCAUUCAAUUACGCUUGACAGAAAAGUGCGAUCAGCGGAAAAUGUAUAUUAGCACUGUGGAUAGUAACUCUUUCCAGGAACUGAAGCAGGAUCAGUCAUUGCAUGUUAGUUUCUCGGGAUUUGUUGAGAAUUUGAUACAUUUACUAAAGGAGUGCCAUGCAGGAAACUUAGAGCUGAACCUUCAAGAACCACAAAAGGAUAAAUGUGCCAGUUCCUCUGUAAUGAAUAAUUGUGGGGAUGGUUAUCAACUGCAAUUCGUUGAGAGAAGAUCCUUUAAAAAUUUAGUACAUCUAAGCUUGCCAACUCGCAAAGCACCGGUUAAUGUUGUGCUAUUUUAUAUGAACAAUAUUUUAGAGGCAAUACAGAAAAAAUUUAUGCAUCAGGAAAAGGACAAUCAACAGUUGCAAAACGAAAUUUUUACUAGAAACCAGAAAAUUGAAAUUUUAGAUACGGAAUGUAAAAAACUAAGAGAAACUAUCAUUGAAAGUGCCCGGAAUUUAAAUCAACAACAUGCUGAGGAAAUUCAUCAAUUACAAGAAAAAAUAAGAACGAGCAAUGAACAUCGACAACAAGAAAACGAUAAAAGCCGAAACACAAUAAGUGCUCUGCAGAAGCAAAUCGACCAAAUAGUUCUGGAAAAACAAUCAAUGCAUAAUGAUAAAGUGCAGGAAGAAAAACGCAAUGCAAUGUUGAAUGAAGAACUUUCUGAACUGAAGAUUAAAUUGUCAAAAUUAAAAGAAUCAAAUGAUAAAUUACACCAAGAAAUUUCCAUACUAAAGAACAGUGAACGCAAACAUGAUAUGCACUUGCAAGAUUGCAGAAAGGAGGCUAACGAUUUAAAGGACGCACUUAAGAAAGUCGAAAAGACCAGAGCUGAUUUAAUGGCCGAACUAGAAGCCGAAAAGAAAAUAAGCCACACUAAAAGACAAGCAUUAGAAAUCGCCACCGAGGAAAUUUCGAAAGCCAAUCAGAUUAUAUUAAAGCAAAGCCAAGAACUCAACAAGUUAAAGAAAGUGAUUAGUUGGCGGACGGAAGUUGCUUUACAGCAAGAGCAAACCAUAACAGCGAAAAAUCUUCAAAUAAAACAACGAGAUGGUCAAAUUGAUUUUCUCAAGCAAACAGUAGAUGCUUUAAGGAUAGAACUACCGAAGGAGCUGGACUCAAUGAGAAAAUAUGCCACUGCAUUGGAUGCCAAGUACUCAGAACGUAUGUAUAUCAUAUGUAGUUUAGUAAAUUGGUAAAUUCUAAAUCGCUUCAAUGCAAACCAAACUGAAACCACUGGAGAGAGACCAUAAAAAGACUGGAUAAGACUGGUAUAAUUUCUAGAAAAACAUUAUUAAUAGUUGUUUGUAAUAAAAAUUAAAUUAAAUAAUA